AUGUCUACUGAGAACGUACAAAGGGGCGAGAGUAAUGAUGACACGCCACAGGCACACCCCAGCAUAUCCCUGCUUGCUCCGUCCGAAAUGCCGGAUCGAAGCAUAAGCUUAUCAAGCUAUUGCGAUACGGAUGAUGAGAUGACAAAUGUACCCAAUGCGUGCGGCACCAUCGAGGGCAUUUCGAAUGAGAUCGAAGCCUUUCGGUGCAUUGUGUGUAAAACGCUGCCAUUUACGACGCUCUAUCAGUGUCAAUACGAGCACAUUCUCUGUGCCGGGUGCUACCAGAUGCGUGUGCUGGACAAGAUGCUGGACACACAGCUGGGCACCUGUCCAGAGUGCAGUGUGCGCAUCUAUCGGCAUGAGCCCUACCGCAACCAAGAGGGCGAACGUCAACUGGCUGAGCUACAGGUCGCCUGUGAGGAUUGUGGACUGAAUGUGCAGCGCUGCUACCUGCGCGAUCAUUGCCAGACGGACUGCCCCCUGCGGCUGGUGACGUGCAAGUAUCGGCGCAUUGGCUGCAAGUGGAAAGGGGUGCUGGGCGUAGCGGUGACGGAACACGAGAAGAACUGUCAGUAUCAGGACAAACGUGGACUGCAACUGCUGGAUGAGCUGAAUCAGCUGCAAGCGGCACGCGAUGCCAAACAGUGUCUGCUGGGCAAAAUAAUGAAGUUGUUGCAAUUGCCUCAUAUUACGGUGAGACUGCUGCAGUUAUUGCCACAAGUGGAGGGAUUUCCGCGUAACAAUUUCAAGAUCUGCAGCAUCUUUGAGGCGUUUAGCCAGAGCUGGUCCAUCCAGCUCAAAUGGCAGACGCCUGACGAUGUGGAGCAGCCAGCCGAUCAGCAGAACUGCAAUUGCAGUUUACUCUUUCAGCUGUGCCUCGAGUCGCCGGACGGCUGUCGCGGUUCACUGGGACUCACCUACACCCUGGUCAGCGGCACCUACUCGGAGGUGCGCUUCCAGCCGAAUCUAUGCGAAAAGUGCGACUUCACACGGGAGAAUGUCUACGGUCCGUUGACUUUGCUCUACAAGAAUUCGUGGCUGAAUUGCGCAAAGCUGCUGAACGAUCGUGGCUUUUAUGGUCGCCUACUUAUGGCUCGUAUAUAG